AUGACUGCGCCAAACAACUCUUCUGACACCAUCGUCACAACUCUAGGUUCUCUUCUCAACAUCAACACAUCAAACAUCACCAAGCUCAGUGCCUCCAACUACCUAAUGUGGUGUCGCCAAGUUCAUGCCCUCCUUGACGGGUAUGAUUUAGCCUCUUUUGUUGAUGGCUCGAAACCUAUUCUCCCAGAGGUCAUCACUGUCGAUGGACAGGACACUCCAAACCCAGAAUAUGUGUUCAACAAACGUCAAGACAAGCUCAUCUACAGUGCACUUUUAGACGCCAUAUCUCAAUCCAUUCAGCCGUUGCUCUCCAAAGCUAACACCUCUGCUGAGAUCUGGACCACUCUCGCCUCCACCUAUGCAAAUCCUAGUCGUGGUCACAUCAAACAGAUCCAUAAUCAACUGAAAAACUGGAAGAAAGGCACGAAAUCAAUCUCAGAAUACCUUCAGGGUGUCUCAACCAGAGUAGACGAACUAGCCUUGCUUGGUAAAGUGUUUGAUCUUGAAGAUCAGAUUGAGUUUGCUCUUGAUGGACUCCCAGAGGAAUACAAGCAAAUCUCCGACCAGAUUGAAAGUUGUGAUAACCCACCAACUUUCAACGAGCUCCAUGAAAAGCUCUUGAAUCAUGAAGCUAGACUUCUCUCAACCUCACUGCCCUAUCCGGUCACAGCUAAUGUAGCAACCAACAACUACCGUCCCCCUCAGAAACACAACAAUCGCAAUCAGCAGUGGCAACAAUACCAGCAGCACAACCCAACUGGCAACAGAGCCCCGCGUCCGUACCUUGGCAAGUGUCAACUUUGUGGUGUUCAGGGCCACAGCGCACGCCGAUGCAACCAGCUGUCUCAGCAGGCAGGUCUCCUCUCCACGCCAAAAACAUGGCAACCUAGAGCUAACUUUGUGGCUCAAUCACCACACCCAUGGCUGCUAGAUUCAGGAGCUACUCAUCACAUAGCUUCUGAUCUCGCAAAUCUCUCUCUGCAUCAGCCAUAUACUGGUGGUGAUGAAGUCGUUGUUGGCAAUGGUGCUGCUCUUCCGAUAACACAAACCGGUUCUACUCUCUUAUACUCCUCCACUCGUCCUUUGCAUCUAAACAAUAUUCUUUAUGUGAGGGAUCUCAGAACGGGGGUCCCGUUACUCCAAGGCAAUACCAAGAAUGAGCUUUAUGAGUGGCCCUCUUCCUUACCAAUCGCCUCUACCUUCCACACAGCAACCACAAACCUCAAAACCACUAUCACUGAUUGCCCAUCAAUCACUCAAAUACCUUUCGAAACCCCACCACUCACACAAGCUCAUCUGGCACCCUUAGGAGACGCGGCACCUUCGGCCUCUGAUUCAGCACCUGAUAACCAUGCGAGUAACUCUCCCUCACCGGCAACUCAUCAGCAACAACCUGGAGCUCUUUCUCCUCUACACGUCUCUGACAAUAACGAUGACUCUGGUAUGUUGGGCUCAGAAAACUCAAAUGGCCAGUCCACUGCUUCUGAAAAUUCAAGCCCAAACUCGCUGGCCCAACAAACAAGCUCAACUCAAGACUCGGCCCAACAGUCAUCAGGCCCAUCAUCAACAGGGUCACAGCGCAUCUCACAGCCACAGCCAGAGCCGUCUUCCUCGUCGACGUCUUCUGAUUCGAUUCAACCCCAAAAUCGACAUCAGAUGAAGACACGAGCUAAGAACAACAUCAGGAAACCAAAUCAGAAGUAUGGUCUUGCAGCUCUCCUACUGUCUGGUGGCGAAUCAGAACCAAGAACAAUUACACAGGCGCUCAAAGACAAUAAAUGGCGUAGUUCUGCUUCUGCUGAGUUCGAUGCUCAAGUUCGGAACCACACUUGGGAUUUCUUGCCUCCAUCCCCUGGUCUCAAUGUGAUUGACUGCAGAUGGCUCUUUCGGAUCAAAUACCUACCUGAUGGCACAUCGAUAAAUGCAAGUCACGUCUCGUCUCCAAAGGCUAUAACCAACAAGAAAGUAUCGAUUACUUCGAAACAUUUAGUCCGUCCGGUUAUUACGAUCCAUACGGUGUUGAAUGUAGCUACUAGCCGCAACUGGUGUCUAAGACAAAUCGACAUCAACAACGCAUUUCUUCAAGGAAACCUAACCGAGGAAGUCUAUAUGCGCCAGCCUCCAGGCUUUGUCGAUCCAGACAAACCACAUCACAUCUGCCGUUUGAACAAAGCCAUAUACGGCCUCAAACAAGCUCCGAGAGCAUGGUACGUUGAACUCAAGACUUUUCUUCUUCAGCUUGGUUUCCAAAACUCUGUUGCAGAUACAGCUCUCUUUGUGUUACAACAAGGAGACACGCUUACCUACUUACUCGUCUAUGUCGACGACAUAAUUGUCACCGGCAACAAUCAACACUUGGUCGAAAGGAUACUCAAGGCUUUGGCAUCACGGUUUUCUCUAAAAGACAUGGGAGAACUUUCGUAUUUCUUAGGCAUUGAAGUCAUCAAAACUUCUCAGGGCCUGCAUCUCAGUCAAAGAAAAUAUAUCUUGGAUUUGCUUCACAAGAUGGAUAUGCAAGAUGCAAAACCAGCUCCAACACCGAUGGCUACUGAUCCGAAGCUUACACUUGCUGGAGAAAAACACAGCAACAUGACCGAGUACAGGACACUAGUAGGCUGUCUCCAAUAUCUUUCUUUCACUCGUCCAGACAUCGCCUACGCCGUCAACAAGCUCUCUCAGUUUAUGCAUUCCCCUACUACAGAUCAUUGGCAGGCAGCAAAAAGGGUACUUAGGAGACACUGA